CGCGCAUACAUUAACACUCGCAUGGGUAAGCGAGUAUAAACAGUGACAAAGUUCAAAACAAUCUUAUUCAUGGCUGGCUUUUCCAGUACUAAUUAAGUCAAAGCGCUGCAAAAAUAAACGGUGUUCUGGAAUAUAUGAAGAAUCUUUCAAAAAAAUUUGCAGGCGCAUGAAUAGUCGAUUUACUCCAUCUAAUCUAUGUAUUUUGUAUGUUUUGUUUGAUCUGUGGCUUUGAUACUGUGAAGAGUGAAAACACGUUUUCAUCAAGAUUUUAUAAUGAAACAAAUAUUUGUGUUAGCUAUAUUAAUUUCGACAGUAUAUGCCACAAAAGAAGCAUUAGACGAGUUCGUUUUAGGAAAUAGAAAAUUUACAGCAGACGUUUACAAGGAAGUAUUAAAAUUAAGCUCCGGAAACUUUUUGGUAAGCCCUCUUUCGGCAGAAACAGUCCUAGCACUGGCUCUAGAGGGAUCCAAUGGUGAGACCAGUGAAGAAUUGAUUAGAGGUCUGAAAUUUCCUAGCACCAAAGAAAAAACCUCGUCGGCCAUAAAAUCCUUACUGCCACAACUGAACCUAGCAACAAAUGGCGAGUUGGAGCUUCAAUCGACAAAUAAAAUGUACGUAAACAAAAAUUAUCCACUUAAAGAUAAUUAUAAGUUGCUCGCGAAAAGUACAUAUAUGAGUGAAGUGGAAAAUAUAAAUUUUGCGGAAGGUGCUAAAGCUGCAAGUGCUAUUAAUAAAUGGGUUGACGAAAAAACCAACCAUAAAAUAAACAAAAUAGUGGAAGAGACAUCCCUAACCAAUGACGUAAAGGUGGUUUUAAUAAACACUUUGUAUUUCCUGGGAAAAUGGCUAAAUCCCUUUGAUACCAUCGACACGCUUCCAAAAAAAUUCUUUUUAUCCACCAACGACUCCGUGGUAGUUGAAACCAUGCACACCAGCGAAUACUUCAACUAUUACGAGAACAAAGAUUUGCAAGCCACGUUUUUGGAAAUGCCUUAUGCUGGAGGUGAUGCCACGAUGACGAUUGUUCUGCCAGACAAAAAUAUUCAGCUUGCUGAUGUUGAACAAAAACUCGAGGAAGUUUUGAAACCGCAACCUUACAAACCUGAGAGGGUGGCUGUGGCCAUACCCAAAUUCUCCGUCGAGUCUCAAGUUAAAUUUGUCCCCAUUCUAAAAAAUAUGGGGAUAAAAAAAGCAUUUACUGGAGGUGAAGCCGAUUUUAGCGGAAUUGGAGGCAAGAAGGGAGAUCUAUACAUAAGUGAUAUUAUCCAAAAAACUUUUAUUAACGUAACUGAAACUGGAACCGAAGCUGCUUCUGCCACAGCAGGAUUAGUUUUAAUUCGUAUUGGGUCUGUUCCACCCAACAAAUUUUUCGAUGCGAACCAUCCGUUUUUAUUUUAUUUGCGCUCAAAUGAUGUUAUUCUGUUUAUUGGAAAAGUGGACAAUUUUUAAUUAUAUAUUCAUGACCUAUAGGAUUGGUAGCAUUAUUAAGUGCCCCUAUCGUACAUAAGAACACGGCCAAUUUUAUAGCCAACCGUCCAUUUUUAUACACCGUAAAACAUACUUCAGGCACUAUUCUAUUUGUUGGCAGAUACUGCUCAAAAUAAUACGACUCACCUUUAUAUUUAUGGGUAAAAAUCCUCAUAAACCAUUUAAACUUAAUUUUCGUAAAUAAAAAAAUUAAAACUA